UCUAGCUAGGGACAAUGAACUAAAAGAAUCCUUACAUAAUAGCUAUCAGUUGACACCAUUGGUAGCUCAUAUCAUAUUACAACAUAGUAAAACACCAACAGAUAGAAUUGUACUACAGAGUGUUCAGUUACUUCAAAGUAUAACAUACAACUGUAGUAUAUCAUACCCUAACUCCUAUAUUGAUGAUUUACUGAGGUUUUUAAUGACCUAUAUUCAAGACGUUGAUAAUCAACUGACGUUACCUUGUCUUGGGUUGAUGGCCAAUCUGUGCAAAAAUAAUGUAUCAUACAAAUGCAUAUUAAAUCUAUGGACAAUGUAAAGUCCUUUUAUAAGGCAUUAAUUCAGUAUUUAUCACAUAAUAAUUUGACAAUGGUUGUAUUUUCACUGUUUAUUAUAACAAGCUUGUGUUUAAAUGAAGAAAUUGGAGAUAAGUUAUUUCAAACAAGGAAUGUCAACCAAACCUUUCAGCUGAUAUUUCAUAUUCUAAUUCAAGGUGAUGACAUUACUACACGACGAUAUGUUGUUGAUCUGUUUGUGCUUUUGUUAAAAAGUCAUAAAAUACAACAGUCUCUGCUUGUAUUUGAAGAUUUGUCUAGUGGAAUACAGGAAAUCUUAAAAUUACUCACAAGGAAUUCUGAAUCUGAGGAUGUAGCAAAGGCUUUUGAAUUGUUGCUCGCAUUCUGCAAAGUCAGCAGUUUUCGAUGUACUGUAUGUCAAACUUUGAUGUCAUCAGCAUCCUUACAAAAUGGUGAUUCAGUCAAGCAGCUACAACAAGCUGGCACAACAGAACCGUUCUUUGCUAUAUUACACUGGGCAAGUCAGUCCUACACCACCCAUGAAUUAGUGCCGCUAUUGGCGUUGGAUUUCCUCAAAGAAAUGUAUGAGGAGAUGUCUCAUUCGGGUUUGACUUCCCAGUUGUCACCACGGAUUGAUUUACUAUUACCUACCCUGUCAGAACAGCUACAGCCUCCAACGGAAACUGACGAUAGAGCUAUCAAACAUCAAUGUAUAAAAACAGUUCGAAUACUUCAAGUCAUUGAUGCUGGUGUGGAUGUUGUACUACAUAUGCUGGAAUUGAUGUGUAAAUUACAAAGAAAUGUAUCUGGAUUAGAAGAACGUUUACUCUUUACUCUACAGGAUCCAAGGAUGAUUCGUUUUCUAUGUUAUGCAAUCACUUCAGAUGAAAAAGAUAAAGUACAGCUAGCGUUGCAUCUUGUUAGCAUUGGGGCCAACCUGGCAAACUUUUCUAUUACAGUUUUAUCGAACGCUGCUGAUCAAAGGAAGUGUAGGAACGGUGGCAUUGGUGAUGUGGAUAGUAAUGUACAGAGUUUGAUUGAUAAGAUUCAAGGCGGUUUAGAGCAUGGAUUAAUGGAGUUUUUGAGAAUACCAGAUGUAAAAGAAUUGUUACAUGGUUUCUUUUCACGCUUAUACAUGGAGACAGUUUACAGUGGUGUUCCUGGGCAUGGAGUUCGACACAGCAAUAAGCAGUCUACCACAACGUCUCGUCAGAGAACUGAUGCACAUCAUUGGGAUGAUGACGUCAGUGUGCAGGGUCGUUCCACAAGCUCCACUGCACAGCCGCCUGGUGCAACACACUCUGUUGCAACACCAUAUCACCUACGAGAACUGGAGAGGCGAAUAACGCUCUCGGAGACCAAGCAAGGAAUGCCUCAAGCAGGGGGUUCCCUUAGACCCACUCGCCACGGCUAUGACUCUGAUACUGGAUGCUUCCCUUACAGGUUGGGGAUUGCACUUAAUGAACAAUCAAGCCCAAAGAAUAUUGCCCCUGCAUUGGAUUCAGUGUAG